CAGCAGAAUGAAGAGCCGCACGGAAAAAGAUUACGAUAGUGCUGCGACGCCGGCGUUGCAGCAACAAAUGAAUCUUGCCCGCCGCGCCUGCUGGAACAGCACCACAAAUCCCAAUAACAAUCCCAAUACAAAUCCAAGUCCGAGUCCGAGUUCUCCUUAUGCUGCUUUCGAAAUUCAGCUGGCUGUGCCUUCAACCUGUCAGCUGGACAGUCCAAUAAGUCUUAAGCAAAGUGAGCCCUGCCAGAACCGGGCAAGAACGCCCCCAUCACCACCGAGUAAGCAACCAACAGCAACAACAACACCACCAACAACAACAACAACAACAAUACACAACAGAAAGAGUCCUGGCUGCGGCUUGCAGCGACAACUGUUGCUGCUUCUAUGCGGGAUUUGCAUGCUGCUGGCCAGCAUUGAGGCACGUCCCAAUGUUAGUGCCAGCUCCAGCUCCAGUUCCAAGACAACGGAAGCACUUAAUCUGGCACAAACGACAUCGUUGCCCGCCUCAACAGCACAAUUUGCGACACCUUCUCUGCCUCCGCCGCUGCCGCAUGCGGAAUCGUUGACAGCAACCGAUGGGGACACUAAGGACCUGUUUGAUGUGUCGCUUGAUGACGACGACAUGCGGGACGGACACCAUGAGACGGAGCGUUAUCCACUGUCCCAGGUGGACUUUGCCCGGGUUAAGACGCCGUUCAUCAUUGGUAUCUGGAUAUUAUCGGCAAGCAUAGCCAAAAUCGGUUUCCAUAUGACACCCAAAUUGCAUCUGAUAUUUCCGGAAUCGUGUCUGCUGAUUGUGGUGGGCGUGGUCAUAGGCGUUGUGCUCUACUUUUGCACAGAUGUUGCCGUCUCCCCGCUGACGCCGAACACCUUCUUCUUCUACAUGCUGCCGCCGAUAAUAUUGGACGCGGGCUACUUCAUGCCCAAUCGGAUGUUCUUCGAUAAUCUGGGUACAAUCCUACUGAUGGCUGUGGUGGGCACCAUCUUCAAUGUGGCCACAAUUGGUGGCUCGCUCUAUGCGUGUGGGGUUUUUGGCGUCUUUGGAGAUGAGAUGCCCAAGUUGCUGGAUGUCUUUCUGUUUGCCUCGCUCAUAUCCGCCGUGGAUCCGGUUGCCGUGCUGGCCGUAUUCGAGGAGAUACACGUCAAUGAGAUUCUCUACAUUGUCGUCUUUGGCGAGUCCUUACUCAACGAUGCUGUUACGGUUGUCAUGUAUCAUAUGAUGGAAGUUUAUAAUGAAAUUGGUUUGCCGAACAUUGUGGCACAGGACAUUGUCAGCGGUGUUGGUUCCUUUUUUGUUGUGGCACUCGGCGGUGUUGCCAUAGGCGUCAUUUGGGGAGUCCUAACUGGUCUGGUGACACGCUUUACGGAUCAUGUGCGCGUCAUCGAGCCCAUCUUCAUAUUUGUCAUGGCCUAUCUGGCGUAUCUGAAUGCGGAAAUCUUUCACAUGAGCGGCAUACUGGCCAUCACAUUCUGUGGCAUUACAAUGAAGAACUAUGUGGAAUCGAAUAUAUCUCAAAAAUCGCACACGACCGUUAAGUAUGCACUGAAAAUGUUAUCAAGCUCGGCGGAGACAAUUAUAUUUAUGUUCCUUGGUGUCGCCACCGUCAAUAAUAAACACGUUUGGAAUACGUGGUUUGUGGUGCUAACAAUUACCUUCUGUUCCGUAUUUCGUGUUAUCGGUGUCAUUCUGUUGUCGGCCCUUGCAAAUCGUUUUCGAUUGCACAAAUUGUCGAGAGUGGAUCAGUUUGUCAUGUCGUAUGGUGGUUUACGUGGUGCUGUCGCCUUCGCACUCGUUCUGCUCAUCGACGAGAAUGUGGUCAAGCAUAAGAACAUGUAUGUAACGACGACAAUAGCUGUGAUUUAUUUUACGGUGUUUCUGCAAGGCAUCACCAUAAAGCCCCUGGUCAAAAUACUUAAUGUGAAGCGAGCCAAUAAACGAAAACCCACCAUGAACGAGCGCAUUCACGAACGUUUUAUGGAUCACUUGAUGGCUGGCAUUGAGGACAUUGUUGGCAAGACAGGCAAUUAUAAUGUACGUGAUAAGUUCAAGCGCUUCGAUAAUCGCUUCAUACGUCCACUGCUAAUCAGAGAUCUAAAGGGCGCUGAACCCAAGAUUAUUGAGACGUACUCAAAGUUAACCAUGCGCGAUGCCAUGGAGGUGAUGCGUCGUAAUCCUUCGACAAUUGGACAGAUGACGGGCACUGAGUCGAUGAGUGCGCUGUUUAGGAACUAUACCAAUAAUUAUAUUGGUGGCAGGUGGGCACCGCCAACCAUAUACACCACCUGCCCCAGUCUAACGAAUCUGGAUAAUACGUGCUCGCACAACUUGGAUAUGGCUGAGCUGGACUAUAAUCCAUCCAAAAGGGAUUUGACUGAUGCCAAGAUACAUCAUUUGCUAGCCGAAGAACUAAAGCCUUAUAGGCGGCACCGUCGUCUUAGUUAUAGCCGACACGCAGUAGAUGACAGAGAUUUGUCCACACAGGUCAAUUACAAAAUGCAAAUGAAUUUCCGUCGCAUGUUCAACGAUCGCAAACAUCACAAGCGCAGCAAACGUGGCGCCAACAAUAAGGAGACGAAGGAGAAUGUGAAACAAAAUCAUGUCUCAUUCCCCGAUUUUCAACAGAACGGCACUACGAAGCAGCUCAGCAAUGACUAUAUUAACGAUGUGCUUAAUGAAACAGCCGAGGAGGCGCCACAAAAUCCGAAUGAGAUUAAUGUCAUUGGACCCAGCGACGAUUGGGAUGAUGGUCUCACAUUUACAGCAAAAUCAUCACUGGCCGAGCAUCCAAUACCCGAAGAGGAUCGCAAUUUGUCGCGCGACUCGGAUGGCGAGAGGCGUGUAGCCACGCCCACCGCGACAGAGUCGCAGUUGCCGUGGAAGCGACAGGGUGACGAAUCCACGGAUGCAGUGCAGCAGAAUGAGUUUCCCGCUUGGGCCUCGAACAAGGAAUAUUUGGCCUACAACUCGCCCAGUGCCACAUUUCUAGGUGGUAUAAACAAGCCUAAACAGCCCAAGUCCGUCAUAGGUCUGUUCCGUCGCGAGAGUUCCAGCUCCAAGGCAGGCAGCCUCGGCAUCGGCAGCAGCAGCAGCGGCACUGUGGAUGCCGGCACCAGUCUGGAUCCCAUGGUCACCAACCCCGUUGGCAACAAUCCCAUAAAUCCCAAUCCGAUGCCAUCGACUUCAACGCAUAAUCCGCGCCUGGACAAUCGAUCGCAAUCCAUUUCGUCCGGCACAUUGGGCUCCCAUGUCGUCGGUCCGGACGGGCAUGCCGGACCCUUUCCGGUCACUGCGAGUCAUCGCCGGAAUGUGCGACGUGGUUCCAUGUUGGAGCUGAGCGGACUUAUUGCAACUGGACGCAGGCCCAGUAGAAUUUUGCUCUGUAGUCCAGGAGCUAAUAAUUUACUAGAGAACAUAGCAACACCCACAACAACAGCAACAACAACCACAGCAACAACAACAAUACCAACAAUUACUACUUAUAUCAAACCAAUAACAACAACAACAACAAUAUCCACUACCAACCCUGCAAAUACAACAACAACAACCACAGCAAGUUCAACAGCAGCAACUGAAAAUAAUUCGCCGAGCAACUCAUCGACAACAAACUACAGCUCGCCAACAUCGGAAAGUAGCGAUGCUACCUACUAUUCCAAUGACACAAUACCCGAGGAGUCAACUUAUCAGCAUGGACACUCCAAGUCGCUCUGCGAGCCCAACGAUGGCGAUGACUGGGAUUCGGUGCCCCUUGCUGCCGCCUCCUCCUCUUCCGGCGUCAAGAGCGAGAAAAUGAUGCAGAGUGGCCGGGAACCGCUUCUGCCACCGCGUUUGACAUCCACACCGCGUGCUCAAAUCCGUCACAAGAACGCCGGAGCGGUAGGCGGGGCAUCUGUGGGCGUGCCGGGCCGUAAGAAUCAGGUGACAACAGCACUGCUGGACUAUGAGGAUACGGAGAGCGAUUCGGAUGAGGAGGACGUGGACGACGAUGAGGGCGAGGAUUUUGAUUUGUAUGAUGAUGAGAAUAUUGUAGUCACCACAUUCACAACGCCAGCAACGCCACGCCUGCACGAGCGUGGCGGCCGUGGUGGGGCAAGCGGUGCAGCUGGAGGGGCGGGUGGAGGCACCACUACCACUACGACGAUUCGCCUCACUCGGAAUAAUGAUGAGAGCAUCAUUUGAGUAAGAGCUGCAGUUCCUUCUCCAGCCAGUUGGAGAUCACGUUCCAAGUCAAGGCAACGUUUCCCAUACGAAAUGUUCUACUGAAAUCAGCAACGAUUAUAUAUACUUAAUAUAUAUAGUUCAAUAUACACUCAGACAAAAAAAAAUAAGGAAGAGAAUUUUGUACUUAAACAAAGACAAAUGUCGGAAAUUCUAGGAACAAAAUGCAUAUUUCAAGACCGUUUUUUUGCUAUCCAUUUGGGGAUAUCUUAAUGAUUUAACUACGUUA